UCCCUGACUCUCGAGUCCGACCACUUCAUAUGUGUUCGUGAAAAGGUUGGGGAACAAAACCAGGUCGUUAUCGUUGACCUCUCCGACGCAAAUAAUGUCAUUCGAAGACCUAUUACAGCGGACUCGGCUAUUAUGCAUCCGAAAGAAAAAAUUAUCGCACUCAAGGCUCAACGACAGCUUCAAAUAUUUAACAUUGACACCAAGACGAAAGUAAAGUCGCAUGUCAAUAGCGAAGAUGUCAUAUUUUGGAAAUGGAUAUCCGAUACCACCAUCGGCCUUGUCACAGAGACCGCGGUCUACCACUGGACCAUCGGUGAUGCAACCUCUCCUCCACAAAAAGUCUUUGAUAGACACGCAUCUCUAGCUGGCUCUCAGAUCAUCAAUUACCGGGCCACAACAGACGAAAAAUGGCUCGUUCUGGUGGGUAUUGCUG